UAAUAUUUAUCUCUGCUGGUAUGUUCCUGGGAGAUCCAGGCCCAAGAGUUUGCUUCACCAACAAACACUGGCCAAUGAGUUGGUUCAUUGGAGCAAUAGUCGGUGUUAUUUUGGGCGCCAUUAUUUGUAACCGAAUACCAAAGAAACUGAUAACGGUAAGCUUCGCAGUUCCAAAAGAUUUCUCGCAUUUAUUCAAACAAAUUUUGAUGUUUCCCGUGUUUUGCUGCAUUGUUGGUAACCGUUUCGGGCAUAUUGUUGGUGGCAGAUCCACGCUCAGAGGAUGCCCUGUUGGCAGCACGUUACAUCAAUGGCUGUGCCUUGGGUCUGGUAUUUCCCCUGACAUUUGUUCUGGUGGGUGAAGAAUGUGUGAAAAGUUUACGUGGUAUGAAUGCCGCCGCCGUCGGUUCGAUGUGCCUACAGUUGGGCUCAUUUAUACAGUCCAUUUAUUCGUUUAGUUGGCCACAGGAUGCCUUAUUCGAUGGCGCCCAAAAGAUGGGUAUACUUUCGAUUUUCUGCGGAUUCUUAAGUUUUAUUAUGGCAUACACUAUGCAAUUGGAAUCACCGAUUUUAUAUUUAGCACAUGGUCAGGAGGAAAAAGCAAUCGAUAUAUUAAGACGCCUACAGCGGCCAUUUACAGUAACACGCGAGACCUAUGAACAGCUAUCGGAACACAAACAAUAUUUGGGCGAAAGUAGUGAUAUGACAUUGUUGCAAAGCGCCAUCAUCGGACUGCCGGCUCUUUUGAAAUUAUCUUUCUAUAGGGCAUUUUCGGCUGCUAGUACCUGUUUCUACAGCUACUUUGCUUUUUCCUAUGUCGUAUCAAUUGCCUUUCGAUACAAUGAUGUAUGGGCUUAUAAUGUGUAUAGUUUCUUGGCAUGGAUUGGAACACUGAUGGUCACCUUUAUAAUCGAUUCACAGGGUCGUAGAACACCAACGAUUAUUGGAUUCUUUUGUUGUAUUUUUAAUGACAGAUUAAAUAUCAGAAAUCGUGAGACAAUGGCGGUAGUGGUGUUCCUCCUGAUGGCGUAUCAAUUGUUUGCCUGUAUUUCAACAGCAUCAUCAUCUGUAUAUCUUUCGGAGGCAUUUCCAUUGGCCGUAAAACCUUACUAUGUUGCCAUUACCUUUAUUGUGGAGAUGUGUAUUCACCUCUUGAUUAUUGCCAUUUGUUCGAGGCCGUUGCGUUCCAACGUUUACGAUUUGCCAGAAUACUUCAACACUAUGGGUGGGUUAUCAAUCGCAUUAUUGAUCAUGGCUAUAGUUGCAUUGCCAGAAACCAAGAAAAAUACAUUGCGAGAAUGUUUAGCUAAAUUUCGAAAAUUUAUAAAUUAUCAAUUUUGAUUGAUCAUUUCAAUUAAAUUUUCAAAUAAUCUAUAAAAAUAUAUAUACAAUUAAUAAAUAUGU